UCCAGCUACAACUCUCAAUCCUAAAAUAUACCACAAACCCCGACACAACCACCAUUGCGACGCACAAAUGGCGACGACAUCACCCUUCCCCUUCCCGCGGGAGUACUCCUUCCCGCCCUUCUUCACCCGCCAAACGAACCUGACAACCCACCACGCCCAGCUCGUCAAGUGGUCCGACCUGAUCCUCGCCUACUGCCGCCACCACCGCAUCUUCAAGCUCUCUCUCGGCGCCGCCAUCCCCUCCGCCUCCUCCGCCCUCCCGCACGCCCUGCCGAACCACAGCGCCGCCGCCCCCUCCGCGCUCGCCGAGCAGCCAACCACCUUUUCCCCCGCGACCGCCGCCUCCUCCGCCGCCGCCGCCCCCGAGGAGCUCUUCCACAACAGGGCGCUGAACAAGCGCCUGUCGCUCGCCGACGCCCGCGAGGUCCUCGAAUUCAUGCGCAAGGAAGGCCGCGCCGAGGCCCUGCCCGCCGGCACCGAUGUCUUCUGGGUCUACUGGCGCACCCCCGACGAGUGGGCCGCCUUCGUCGAGGGCUGGAUCGACGAGACGGCGCAGAAGGGUGUCGUCCUGACCCUCUACGAGCUGACCGAGGGCGAGAGCACCAGGGGGACCGAAUUCCACGGCCUCGAUCCCGACUUGCUCGCCAAGGCGCUGCAGAUCCUCGUCAAGCGCGGCAAGGCCCAGAUCUUCGGGCAAGAAGAUUCGCAGGGUGUCAAGUUCUUUUGAUUUGCUCGUUCUCGCUCGGCAACCGACGAGCCAUGGUCUUCUUUUGUUGUUUGCUAUUGUGCCGAACCUCUAACUAGACAUACCACGUUGACACAUUAUUCCCCGAGCGGCCGUAAUAAACACCAAAAGCCCCCCCCCCC